CAGCAAGUUCACAAGAUUAGAGUCUUCCUGAACUCCUUGCCCUCCUAAAUUGCAGUUGUUUUAUUUCUUUCUGCUGCUCCUCUGUUGGAGGGACAGGCUGGUACACGGUAGCACAGACAGCUUGAGCAUUCAGGUGCACUUGAGGCUACUGACUUGGUACUCCGUGUCUUCUGCCAGUAAUGCUGACCUAGUCCAGUUUUCUGGGAUUAGUCAUCCUUCCUUUUCUACUUUCCUUCCUUCCACAGGAUUCUUACCGAGAAACCAUCUCUAUUUUACCCCUCAAAUAAAAAGGUAGAAAGAAAUAAGAGACUGAGGGAUUUUGUUCAGCCAUUUUUUUCAGACGAGGCGAAUAUUCACGAAACCACCUAACAGAAGGGCAUUCCUGAGUGCAUGAGGUUGUCCUGUGAAUGCCACGAAAAAGAUGGUCCCACCAACACACUAACCUUGCUUUUAAUUUCUAGAUCUCUCCCGUGGGCUCUGUGAGAACCUAUGUGACCCUAAGUCAUGCUUCAGUUCACACCUGAAGCCCUCUGAUGACUGAAACCAACAGGGAUGCUCCUAGGAUAAAAAAGUUGGUAAUAGUCGGACAUUCAACACUCAACAUUAAUAAUCUCAAUCUCAUUCCUCGCUUUGUACUGUAGGGUAACAGCUCUAGGGUAGCAAGUAUUGCUAAAGCAAGAGCAGACUUCCUACCCAGAGCACUCAAAAUUAGUGAUACUUACACUCUCUCUAAUCAAAGCACUGCAUUCAGUACACCAAUGUUAAGAUUCAAUAAAUACCUCUGAAUCUGUCACUGUCCAGCAAAGCAGUGUUUAGAGACCAAUGAAAUUGCUCUCAACGAAUAAAGUACUAAUUUAGUCAUCAUGGUAGUGUCUGGCUCUCACAGUGAACAAAGCUGCAGUCUGCUAAUGCCACAGGGUCUGCUUCCGGACAGAAACUGCUCAGUGAUAUUAUCAGCCGUUGUAAAAUGUCUUGGUCACGAAGUUAAUCAUUAACUCAGGUCACCAUCUCAUAAAAACAUCAUAUUGUAAGAGCACAACACGCUUAAAGCUAACUGUCACUAAUCAAUCAUGCAUACAACAGCAAUAAAGCAACACAUAAAAGGAGCCAGAAACUCAGCAAAACCUUCAGCUAAGGGAAGACAAACUGCACCGAGGUUUAUCUCCAUGGAGAAAUCCACUGACAAGCUCAACCGUGAAAAUGGAUCGACAGCUCCUGGAGUACCACAGGCUGAAAAGGACAGUCCUGCACCCACUGCAGAAGGUGCUGCAGAAAUGAGCAGAGCAGGACCCCUAACAGAAAACACUGCAGAUGUGAAGAGACUGGGAUUCACUGAAGAAUGUGUUAAAGAAAUUGAGAGACCUUCAGGCACAGAGCGAGGCAGUCCUGAUGCCUUUAAACCAUCGAUUUCAGAAAGAGACUGUCCAAACUCAAAGCCUCUCAUUAUGCUAAUUAACUCAAACUCUCCCGAAGUACACAGUUUUGAAGUGAACCACCAGUGUUCAACCACAACAUCUAUUGAUAUGGACUGCCUAGUCUGCUUCAACAAGUACAACAUCUACAGAGUACCAAAGCUCCUGGACUGCCAGCAUGCCUUCUGCGCAGUCUGCCUCAAGCUUAUCCUCAGGAAAGAGGAGAGUACCUGGAUAAUCACCUGCCCCCUGUGCAGAAAAGCCACUUCUGUGUCAGGAGGACUCAUCCGCACACUUCAAAAUAAAGAAGACAUCAUGGAGCACUUGGAAAAUCCCGAUCCUAAUCCCGAGGUGCAUGUCUCUGCCAUAGGGCUAGACAGCAAUAGCUGGACUCAGACCAGCCAAGACGCUUUAUACAGAGACGAAAACGUUCCAGCAGACAACAGACUGGCUAUACAGAGACUUGUGCUGCUCCUGCUGCUUGUGGUGAUUCUCACUAUCAUCAUCCUCCCGUUUACAUACUCAGGUCUGAUAAAAUGGGUAAUUUGUCUCAUGCUUACUUUGGGGUUGGUCACAUCUAUAGUGCUUUGCUGCACUCCUAAAUUCUACUGGAGAUGUAAUAGGGACUCGCUCGCCUCCUGCCACAAGGAGACCCACAUCACUGCAAUUGCCUGA